GCCGCUCCCCCUUGGCCCGGCCGGCGGCGGCGCCGCGCCGUGCCCCAUGCGCCGCUGCUGCCCCGCUCUCUGCACCAGCACCGGCAGCAGCGCCGGCAGCCGCCCCGGCACCCCUCGCCCCGCCGCCGCCGCCGUCGCCAUCGCCGCCCCUCUCCCGCCCGCCGCCGCCGUGUCCCGCCCGCCGCUGCUGGUGCUGGUGCUGCUGCAGCGCCGCCCCGCGCCGCCCGCUCCUGCGCCUCCGCCGCACAAGAUGGCGGCCGGUGGGAGCGGCGGGGGCCCCGGGGGCCUCUCCUCCUCCUGCCCGCAGCCGCCGCCGCCACCGCCGGGCAACGGCGCGGCCGCCGCAGCCGCCGCCUGCACCAACGGCGCUCCCCCGUCGCCUCCCGGCCUCACCUACAACCAGUGCGGCGCUGCCAACCCGGCGGCGAGCGGCGGCGGCGGCGCGGGGGGCCCGGCGGCGGGGACGGCGGCGGCGGCGGCUGCUGCUGCGGGGGCGGCGGGGGCGGCCGGCGGGGCGGGCGGCCCCGGCGGGGCGCUGCAGCGGGAGCCGGUCUAUAACUGGCAGGCGACGAAGCCGACGGUGCAGGAGCGGUUCGCCUUCCUCUUCAACAACGAGGUGCUCAGCGACGUCCACUUCCUGGUGGGGAAGGGCCGCGGCUCGCAGCGCAUCCCGGCGCACAGGUUUGUGCUGGCUGUGGGCAGCGCAGUCUUCGAUGCGAUGUUUAAUGGGGGAAUGGCCACAACCUCUACAGAGAUUGAGCUGCCUGACGUGGAGCCUGCUGCCUUCCUCGCUCUGCUGAAGUUCCUUUACUCGGACGAGGUUCAGAUCGGCCCCGAGACUGUUAUGACAACUCUGUACACGGCCAAGAAAUACGCAGUGCCCGCCCUGGAGGCUCACUGUGUGGAGUUCCUGAAGAAGAACCUCCGAGCAGACAAUGCCUUCAUGCUGCUGACACAGGCAAGGCUCUUUGAUGAGCCUCAGCUGGCCAGCCUCUGCCUGGAGAACAUCGACAAGAACACCUCUGACGCCAUCAACGCUGAGGGCUUUACAGACAUUGAUCUGGACACCCUGGUGGCAGUGCUGGAGAGGGACACGCUGGGCAUCCGCGAGGUUCGGCUCUUCAACGCGGUGGUUCGCUGGUCGGAGGCCGAGUGCCAGCGGCAGCAGCUGCAGGUGGUUCCAGAGAACAAGAGGAAGGUCCUGGGCAAGGCUCUCUCCCUGAUCCGCUUCCCCCUGAUGACCAUUGAGGAGUUUGCAGCAGGGCCGGCCCAGUCGGGGAUCCUGACGGACCGGGAGGUGGUCAGCCUCUUCCUGCACUUCACCGUCAACCCCAAGCCGCGGGUGGAGUUCAUCGAUCGGCCGCGCUGCUGCCUGCGGGGCAAGGAGUGCAGCAUCAGCCGCUUCCAGCAGGUGGAGAGCCGCUGGGGCUACAGCGGGACGAGCGACAGGAUCAGGUUCUCUGUCAACAAGAGGAUCUUCGUGGUUGGCUUUGGGCUCUAUGGAUCCAUCCACGGCCCCACGGAUUACCAAGUCAACAUCCAGAUCAUCCACACGGACAGCAACACGGUGCUGGGGCAGAACGACACCGGCUUCAGCUGCGACGGCUCCUCCAGCACCUUCCGCGUCAUGUUCAAGGAGCCUGUGGAGAUCCUCCCCAACGUCAACUACACAGCUUGUGCCACUCUGAAGGGUCCGGACUCGCACUACGGCACCAAAGGGCUGCGCAAGGUGAUCCACGAGUCGCCGACCAGCGGCGCCAAGACCUGCUUCACCUUCUGCUACGCCGCCGGCAACAACAACGGCACCUCGGUGGAGGAUGGACAGAUCCCAGAGAUCAUCUUCUACACAUAGUGCAGCUGCCAGCUGCCCCUUGGACUCUCCUCCUCUCUCCCUCCAUCGCCUCCCGAACCGACGGAAGCCUCUGGCCGAGUCCUGGCCGCAGCGAGCGGAGCCGCCCCGGCCGAAGGUCUCUCACUUCCAAACCAUUCUCCCGGCUCAUCCUCUGCCUCGUGCUGGUGAUUCUGCUGCUCUCCCCUGCCAGAGCAACUCGGGGCCAGGGCAGCCGGCGCCCCAGGGCCGUUCCUAGGUUUGUCUGUGGCUGUCAUUCCUCCCUCCCCCCCUAAGGAGAUGCAUUUCCUGGACUGUGAUGAAUGUAGAAGCUUUCCCCCACCGGUCAGAAGCAUGGAAAGGAGUGGCUCUGGUUGUGGCUCUGCCUGCUGUGAGGAGAUGAUCCUGCAGAGAGACUCGAGCCCGGGGUGCUGAGGCCCAGCAGGCACCGUGCCCAGCCCCUGCCCUGCUGCCAGCCACGGCCCCCGGGGCUGCCUUCAAACACUUGUGGCAAGUGGCCUUGUCCCCGGGGCUGCACCAUGCCAGCUCUGCAGGGGCUCGAGGAGCACCUCCAACCUGGAGCACCUCUGGGGAGACUGCAGCCUUCUCCUGCCCUCCUCACCCAUCUCUGACAAUCCUGCCCCUGGGGCAGCUCCUGACGCCGCAGGGACCUCCCCGGCAGGGCCUGGCUGGGCAGGCUCUGCCCUGCCCUCCCUCUGCUGGGGCCGGGUGGUGCUGCCUCAGCCUCUGGCAUGUUCCAGGUGAUGGGAGGGGUUGGAAAGGCCUUGUGCAGUGCCCAGGGGCAGGCAGCUGUAUAAUGCCCAGGGGCAGGUGCCUGCACUGAUGGCUCCUGUGCCCAGGGUUUGUCAGCUGGAGCCAGCAGGGGCCUUGCCUUGCCCAGCCCCUCCGUGCUCCUCUGCUGCUCUUCCCAUGCACGUUCCAAUGCAUUUUCUCUCUCCCUGCAUUGCUGCCCCAGCCUGAGCCUGCUGCAGAGCAGGGAGAGAGGCUGAGCUGCAGCUGCCUGCUGGAGAAGGCCCUGUGGCACAGCUCAGGAGCUCAGGGAGGGCUCUGUGCUUGCUGUGUGCUUGCACAGCCUGCCCAGAGCAGGAGGAGGAUGGAUUUAGACACCACCUGUCCUGGGGCCCUUGAGCUCUUACCUGGUACAGUUGCUGCUCCCUGUAAGCAGCUUCGGCUCAGCAGGAGGAUGUGGGUGGCUGCCCACCCAGCCCCAUGCUUGC